CAGCUGAGCUCAUUAAAGCUCUUCCUCUCAGGUGACGCUGUUUCUCAGGAGGAGCCGCGCGGGCCGAUAUGGACUUACGCCAGUUAAUUUGUUUAAUUUUUCUGGCGAGUCGGAGAAUUUCCCGAGGUCAGAUUUUAGGAUGCCAGAAAGACCAGUGGCAGUGUGAUGAUGGACACUGUAUCCCUGACGUUUGGAGAUGUGACGGAGAAGGAGACUGUCUGGAUGGAUCUGAUGAAAUGGAUUGCACUGCACGUCCAGGCUCUCCUGAAUGUCCUGCCGGCCAGUUUCCUUGUGGUGACUCUGUCGGCUGCGUUGCUGCGUCGGCCCGCUGUGAUGGACAAAACCAGUGUCCCACCGGCUCUGAUGAGGAGAACUGUCCGUCCACAGAGAGCUGUUUGGACUCUGAUUGGACCUGUCGAAACCAAAUCUGUAUCCCCAAAGAGCUGCGCUGCAACGGGCUUAAUGACUGCCUGGACAACUCUGAUGAAGAGGACUGUGGUCUGUGUGGUGAGGAGGGCCUACGGUGUCCUGAGGGGACGUGUCUGAGUGCUGACAUGAGGUGUGAUGGGACCACUCACUGCUCAGAUGGCAGUGAUGAGCCUUUAACCUGCGGUCGUAUUUGCUCUAUAGACAACGGUGGCUGCAGCCUAACGUGUGUUGAUGAACCCUGGGGAACUCUGUGUUCCUGUCCUGUUGGAUAUAAGCUCUCUCCCAAUGGAGUAGUCUGUGAAGAUGUGGAUGAAUGUGUCCUUCCCUCUGCCUCCUGUAUGCAUCAUUGCACUAACACUGUUGGAUCCUACUAUUGCCACUGCAGAGACGGCUUCAAACUGAGUGGAGGCUCCACAUGUCUAGCUACAGGUAAUGCUACCAGAUUACUAACCAUGCAGAGGAGCUCUAUCGGGCUGUUGGAUGUGAAGUCUCAACAGUUUGAAGUUGUCCAGACUCCAGUGUCCGACCCAGUGGCCUUGACCUUUGACAUUGCAAGAGGCUCGUACUUCUGGGCUGACAAGCAAGGCAAUGUUUACAAAAGUGAUGGACAGAACAGCUGGACAAUCUAUAUUGGGGAAGCUGGAAUCAAGGGUCUAGCCUGUGAUUGGCUGAAUGGAAACCUGUUCUGGACCAAUCAGAGGACAGAGUCAAUUUACAUGCAGGCAGCAGAGGGGAACAGUUACACCACUCUGCUCAGCAAAAACAUCAGUCCAUCAGAGUUGGUGCUUCUACCUGUAGAGAGCAUGAUGUUCUGGAUGAAUACGGGCCACGGCAUCAGAGUGACAAUAGAGAAGUCGUGGAUGGACGGGUCGGGGAGAAACACUCUGUCUGUGCUCACUGCUCAGGCAGCCCACAGCCUCAAUGCUGACGUGGCAGCCAGGAGGCUCUACUGGAUCAGUGACUUCAAGAAGUCCAUAGAGACAGUGAGGGUGGAUGGGACUGGCCGUUACUCCUUCACAGGGCUGUUCAACAGGAGACCGGCUCUCAGCCUGGCUGUGUUUGAGAGUUCCUUCUACUGGGUGGAUGACAGAGGGCUGUGGCAGGUUCCCCAGAGCCAACCAAACCAGAAGAAAUUCAUCUGGAAAGCCACACUGCCAACAUUAGCCGUUUACCACGAGCUACAGCAGCCUCAAGGUUCCUCUGCAUGUGUGAAGACUCCAUGUCAGCUCUGCCAGCUGACUAAAAGCAACCCUGUCGGAUUCACCUGCGCUUGUCCCAUCUCCAAAGUGCUGAUGCUUGACGGGUCAUGUGAAUAUCCGAGGUUUAUAUAUGCCACCAUCACCAACAUAAACCUGCUGGAGUUUAGAGGCACAGAGGCAAUUAAAACCCAGCUGUUUACCACUGGCGAUGGCAUCUUGUCAUUUGACCUGGACUGGUACAGAGACUGGCUGUACUGGGCCAAUCAAACUGGGCAUAUCCAACGCACCAGUCUAACCCAGGUCAAGACUGAGCUGGUCCCAACACCUUUGCCAGUGUGUCUGAUAAAAGUAGACUCGAGGAGAGGAAACAUUUAUUGGGUAUCAUGCGACCAAAAGAGCAUCGGCACCACCACCGCCGACAGUCGCUACCCACAGCAGCUCUACCACACAACAAAGGAGAUCCGAGACCUGUAUCUGGACUGGCUGAGGGGAGGCAUCGUCUGGCUGGAGGAAGACCGAGUCCUCAGCAUGAGCAUGAUGGGAGGCAAAGCCAAAGAGCUGCUGCAGUUAGCAGGAGGUGUCAGAGGAAACAUCGCCUUCGACCCGCGGGCCAACAGUCUGCUCUGGAACUCAGAAAGGACAGGUUUGACAACAAUGAGUUUGCUGCGAGAAAGAAGCCAUCAAGCUGGCAGAAGAUGGAUCAUUUCAGGCUCGGUCAUAGCUGCCUUUGAGCCCUUCCUGUUGUCCCUCUCUGAUGAUGUCAUGACUCUGUGGGACCGGCGUGAUGGGAGCUCGCUCCAGAACACGACUGUGACGGGUCAUGUGCUCGGUGUAAUGGCUGCACUCAGGGAAAUCCAACCAGUGCCCGAUACUCCAGUCUGCAUUGAACCCUUUCUGCUGUGCCGCCACACAUCAACCUGUCUCCCACAAGCCCAGCUGUGUGACGGCAAAAAGGACUGCCCUGAUGGAGAUGAUGAGGAUUUUUGUAUCACCACAUGUCCAUCUCAAGAGGAUUUCCGGUGUGAGGACCGUAGGAGUUGCAUCUCCAGGAAUCUAAUUUGUGAUGGUCGUUCUCAUUGUCGUGAUGGUUCAGAUGAGGUCAACUGUCCAACUGUAGCUUCCCCUGCAGCUCGGACAAACACCCUGAAGUGUCGCACCGGCUCAAAGCCAUGUAGAGACGGCACAGAGUGUGUUUUAUACAGCCACGUGUGUGAUGGGGAAAAGGACUGUCGUGAUGGAUCAGAUGAGGCCGACUGUCCAAGUGUAACUUCACCGGCAGUUCAAUCGAACGUUCUGAACUGUCGCUCAGGCUCAAAGCCCUGCCAAGACAGCACAGAGUGUGUUUUCUACAGCCAGGUGUGUGAUGGGGAAAAGGACUGUCGGGAUGGUUCAGAUGAGGUCAAUUGUCCAACCGUAGCUUCCCCUGCAGCUCGGACAAACACCCUGAAGUGUCGGUUGGGUUCAAAGCCAUGUAAAGACGGCGCUGAGUGUGUUUUAUACAGCCACGUGUGUGACGGGGAAAAGGACUGUCGGGAUGGAUCAGAUGAAGAGGGCUGUGAUGCAAAAGAACAGACGAUGAUGACCGCAAAACCAAAUACUAAUCCAUCAAAAGAAAUUCCACCAACAACCGAACUUCCUGCUUCCACUCUGCCGCCAUGCAACAGCCCCUCUGUCCUCUGUCCCCAUUCUGCUGCCUACAUCUGCAUCUCUCCGAACCAGUUUUGCAACGGGCGUAAAGACUGCCCUGAUGGCUUUGAUGAAGUAAACUGUGUGAAAAGAUGCCCCUCUAGAACCGACUUCCGCUGCAAGGAUCGUAGGAGCUGCGUCUCAAAGAAUCUGGUUUGUGACGGUCGAUCUCAUUGCCACGAUGGCUCCGAUGAAGUCGGCUGUGCAGGUAUAACUUCUUCUGCAGCUCAAGCGAACGUCCUCAAGUGUCGCCUGGGCUCCAGAUUGUGUCGAGAUGGGACAGAAUGUGUCCUCUUUAGUCACAUUUGUGACGGAGAGAGAGACUGCCGGGACGGAUCAGAUGAAGAAGAAUGUGAUGCUACAGACAGUGCCACCACCAUUCUAGCACAAAAUCUCCCCUUAAAUGAAUCUCCUGCACCUGUCGAGUCGUUUACUCAGCCUCCCACUGAGCCGCCCUGCACCAGUCCUUCAUUCCAGUGUCCAGGUUCUUCUUUAUGCCUCAACCCAAAACUGAUAUGUGAUGGAAAGAAAGACUGCCCCGAUGGAUCAGAUGAGAACUGUGUAAAAAGAUGCCCUUCCAGGAUUGACUUCCGCUGCAAUGACCGUCGAAGCUGCGUCUCAAGGAAUCUGGUUUGUGACGGUCGCUCUCAUUGCCACGAUGGUUCAGAUGAGGUCGGCUGUGCAGGUUUAACUUCUCCAGCAGCUCGAGCAAACGUCCUGAAGUGUCGCCUGGGCUCCAGACUGUGUCGAGAUGGGACAGAAUGUGUCCUCUUUAGUCACGUUUGUGAUGGAGAGAGAGACUGCCGGGACGGAUCAGAUGAAGACGGAUGUGAUGCUGCAGAGAUCGCCCCUACCACUGCAACAGAAAACGUCCGUUCAAAUGAAUCUCCUGCAGCUGUCACACUGUCAACUCAACUUCCCACUGAGCCGCCCUGCACCAGUCCUUCAUUCCAGUGUCCGGGGUCUUCUUUAUGCAUCAACCCAAAACUGAUAUGUGACGGAAAUAAAGACUGCCCUGAUGGAUCUGAUGAGAACUGUGUAAAAAGAUGCCCUUCCAUGACUGAUUUCCGCUGCAAGGACCGUCGAAGCUGCGUCUCAAGGAAUCUGGUUUGUGACGGUCGCUCUCAUUGCCACGAUGGAUCCGAUGAAGUCGGCUGUGCAGGUCUAACUUCUCCAGCAGCUCGAGCAAACAUCCUGAAGUGUCGCCUGGGCUCCAGAUUGUGUCGAGAUGGGACAGAAUGUGUCCUCUUCAGCCACGUUUGUGAUGGAGAGAGAGACUGCCGGGACGGAUCAGAUGAAGAGGAAUGUGAUGCUGUUACUACCGCUGAGCCAUUCACUCAGCCUCCCACCGAGCCGCCCUGCACCAGUCCUUCAUUCCAGUGUCCAGGUUCUUCUUUAUGCCUCAACCCGAAACUGAUAUGUGAUGGAAAGAAAGACUGCCCUGAUGGAUCUGAUGAGAAGUGCGUAAAAAGGUGCCCUUACAGGAGGGACUUCCUUUGUAAAGACCGGCGAAGCUGUGUCUCAAAGAAUCUGGUCUGUGACGGUCGCUCUCAUUGCCAUGAUGGCUCUGAUGAGCUGGAUUGUCCGAGUGCAACUUCAUCUGUCGCUCGAGCAAACGUCCUGAAGUGCCGAAUGGGUUCAAAACCAUGCAAUGAUGGAACAGAGUGUGUUUUAUACAGCCACGUAUGUGACGGAGAGAAGGACUGUAUGGAUGGGUCUGAUGAACAAGGAUGCCAAGAAACCUGCAAACAAGUUGAGUUUCAGUGCUCCCAUGGGAAGAUGUGUAUCCCUGAAGCUGAGGUUUGUGAUGGCAAGUCACAGUGUCGGGACCAGUCUGAUGAACUGGACUGCUGGAAGAAAACUAAAAGUUGCGAGCAUCGCUGCACUGACGGCAAGCGCUGCAUCCCAAAGAAAUUCCUGUGUGAUGGAGAGAAAGACUGCCUGGAUGGUUCUGAUGAGGUGGGCUGCGACCCUGUUAAUGCUGCAUCGACAGAGACUCCCAUUGUUGAAACUCCUGCAUCAACUUGCUUCACCCCUUCAAUGCUCUGUCCAGAUUCAGCACUGUGUAUCUCUCAAAACCAGCAGUGUGAUGGACAAAGAGACUGCCCUGAUGGAUCUGAUGAAAAUAACUGCAUGGUCCAAUGUAAAAAUCCAGGUGACUUCUUAUGCAGGAACCGGAGAAACUGCGUCCCCAUGAUGCAGAUGUGUGACGGUCGUGCCCACUGUCCUGAUGGAUCUGAUGAGAUGCAGUGUAAACCAGCAGAUCCUUCCCCUAAAGCCUCCAACACUGAUCUCAGCGACAGAUCGGCCCCACUGAAAUGCCGCAGAGGCUUUGAGCCAUGUAAAGAUGGCCUGGAGUGUGUCAUGUACAGCCAUAUGUGUGACGGAGAGAAGGACUGCCAGGAUGGAUCAGACGAAGAGGGAUGUGCUGCUAAGUGCAAAGCAGACGAGUUCCGCUGUGCUCACGGAAAUAGAUGCAUCCCACCAGAGAAGGUGUGUGACGGGCAGAACGACUGUCAAGACCGAUCCGAUGAAAUGGAGUGUUCACGCAUGAUGGAGGGCUGCCAUCACCGCUGUGAUAACAACACUCGCUGUAUACCAGAGACCUUCCUGUGUGAUGGCGAGAGAGACUGCGCUGAUGGGUCAGAUGAAGGAAAGUGUGGUUUGGUGUCCUGUGCCAUUAACCAGUAUCGAUGUCUUAGCGGUCAGUGUGUGUCUGAGGCCCUGAGAUGUGAUGGAUACACCGACUGUAGUGACCACUCUGAUGAGUUGCAUUGCACAAGACCCCCACGCUGCCCGUCACAGCUCCGAUGCCCAAACAGCCACGAGUGCCUGCAGAAAGAGUGGCUAUGUGACGGCGAGGACGACUGCAAAGACGGCUCAGAUGAGAAGAACUGCAUAUCGUCACCAACAAAGUGCAGAGAAUACCAGUGGCAGUGUGGAGACAGCAGCCAGUGCAUCCCUCUGUCAUGGAGGUGUGACGGGAAGGAGGACUGCCACAACGGCAAGGACGAAGAUAAAUGCAGCCAGAGAAAAUGCCCCUCUCACCUUUACCAGUGUGGCAGCGGUGAGUGUGUGGACCCCAAGCUGUUGUGUAACGGCUUCACCAACUGUGCCGACAGUUCAGACGAGGGAGCAGGAUGUGCUCAGUGGAACUGCUCUAGCUCAUCAGCUCCGCGGUGCGACCACCACUGUGUCAGCACGCCAAACGGGCCGAGCUGUUACUGUGCUGCAGGUUUCAGACUACAGUCCAGUGCCGUGUCCUGUGUGGACAUUGACGAGUGCAAUGAGGAGCCGCACGCUGUCUGCAAACACACCUGCCUGAACACCCGCGGCUCCUACGUCUGUCAUUGCCUCCCUGGCUUCUACCUGGAGCCUGACAACAAAAGCUGCAAGACCAAAGGUACCUUAGAUGAGCCUUUGCUUCUGGCGUCAGUGCAGUCAGAGCUCUUACUUCAAGGAGUCCACAGCAGCAACUUGAGCCUUCUGUCCUCUGCCAAUCGGCCAGUCUUCUCCCUCGACUAUCACUGGGCUCUACAGAGAGUUUACUGGCUGAGCCCGGACUACCAGAGCAUCCGCUGGGCUCACAUGAAAGACUCAAACAGCAAAGGGACACUGAUCAAAGGGGUGAAGUCAGAUUCCAUCGCGGUGGACUGGGUUGGUAAGAACCUGUACUGGGUGGACGGACUGGUGGGCCAGAUUCUGGCUGUAAAGCUCAGCGAUACCACAGUGAGAUCUCAGGAGUACACGGUGGUCCUGGGGGAAGAUCUGGAGCAGCCAAGAUCUUUGGUCCUGCUGCCACACAAAGGGAUGAUGCUUUGGUCUGAGAUCGGCAGCACCCCUCAGAUCGAGCGUGCCGGGAUGGACGGUUCAAAGAGGAAGGUGGUGGUGAGCCGAGGCCUGAGUUGGCCAGUCAGUCUGGCCUACGACCUCCUGGACAACCGGGUCUACUGGGCCGAUGAGAAGCUGCGCUACAUCGGCUCGGCCUCUCUGGACGGAGACAACAUCAAGAUCCUCCAGUUAGCUGAAACCCCGAGCCCUUUCUCUGUGGAGGUCUUCAACGACAGAAUGUUCUGGUCCGACACGAAGAGAAGAACCAUCCGCUCGGCUGACAAGAACACCGGCAAAGAUCAAAAAGUUCUUCUGAAGAGACCAGGGCAGCCUUUUGGACUGAAACUGAUGCAUACCCUCUCCCAGCCAGCCAUAUCCAGCCCCUGUGACCAGCUAAACUGCUCCCACCUCUGCCUCCUGGCCCCGGCAACAAGAGGCAAGACUGGAGCACUGUGGUCUCCAGGAGCUCCAGUGGAGAAGGGUCCUACAGCAGUUUGUCGAUGCCCAAAGGGGCUGCUACUUUCUGGAGACAAGACAACCUGCUCUGUGCCUGUGGAUUCAACAUUCAUCCUGCUCUUGUCUCAGGCUACAGUCUAUCAGAUUCACUUGCGCACCGUGCGUGAUGGUGUUGCUCUGAAGAAAAUGCCAAAUGGAAGAGCUUUAGCUCUGCCUGGCAUAAUCGAGGCCUUGCGUGUGGACUUGUCCAUCCAUGGGCCUUUUAUGUAUGUGGCUGAUGCAGGAAAAGGAUCUGUGGAUGUUUUGAAACUGGACAGCUCGAGACAUGAACUAACGUCCUCUGGGCAGAUCCUAAAGCUUGGGGAGGAUUCAGUCACAGCUCUGGCGGUUGACUGGGUGACCUCCAACCUCUACUGGAGCAGUAUAACGAGGCCUGAUCUCCAUGUGACCUCCCGCCAUGACGGCUACACCACCUCACUGCUGCAGGGAUCACUAAAGGGCACCACCUCCAUUGCGCUGCAUCCCCCCUCAGGACGACUCUGCUACACAGCAUUAGCCGUGGCAGGUGGGAAGAGUCAGGGACAGGUGGACUGCGCCUGGAUGGAUGGACGUAACAAGAUGGUGCUGUGGAGGAAGUCGAGCAUCCCCACCUCGCUGGUCUUUUCCACCCAUGGAACCCAUGUCUACUGGGCUGACAUGGGUGAAGGUUUAAUCGGCUCUAUUGGAGUGGACGGAACAGGAUAUAAACAGUACAAAACAGGGCCAGGUGUGCUCAUGUCCUUCACAUAUGUUGAACACAUCCUCCUCUGGGUCAACCUGGACAAAGAUGUAACCAAAGUGUGGUUCAGUGAUGGUUUCCAGCCAAACCAACUGUGGUUUGAAACAAAGACCAGCAUUGUGGAAGCCAAAGCCUACAGCAAGGACACUCAGUCUGGAACUAACAGCUGCUCCAACAACAAUGGUGGAUGUGCACAUCUGUGUCUGCCUCAUCCUGACGGCCACACGUGUAAAUGUGGCCGGGGUUUCUACGCUGUCGGUGCCGAUCUCUGUGCUCCGCUCCCCAACUGCCCCGCUGGGCAAGAAUCCUGCCUCGAUGGUAAAAAAUGUAUCAGCAGCAGCGAGAUCUGUGAUGGACAUGUGGACUGUCCAGACCAGUCGGAUGAACAGGACUGUCCGAUCACAAACUCUGCAUCUUUCGGGCCCAAAUCUAGUGACAGCCCCCCUCCAAGUGCCAAAAAGAGCCCUGUCCUUUCAGUUGAAAAGGAUUCGUGUGACCUCCAAAACUGCAACGGUCAUGGCAAAUGCCUCACAGAAGGAAAAACCACUCGGUGCCAGUGUUCGGCUGGUUUCAAGGGAGAGUCAUGUGAAGAGGCAGUAGCUGGAAAAAGCCAUGCGGCCGCGGUCCUCGGUGUCUUCUGCCUCGUCGCUGUGUUGCUGAGUGCUGCUUUUAUUUUCGCUAAAAGGAGAGGCUGGACAUCCAUCAGAGGCAGAUCCGUGGAUAAGGAGACUCUGAUGGCCAACAUGGGCCUGCCAUAUGAACACGAUGAUUCAGACUCUGAGGAGCUGGACUCCCCAGUAGACCUGAAGAACCCCGCGCUAGCAUUAAAGUCUCUUCAGCCAAAGAGAACUAAUCAUGACUAAUGUCUGAGGAAGCAUUUCUGUGCUGUAUCUAAUGGUGGUCUUUUGUGUAAUAAAAAUGAGAAGGAACCUCAAA